CAGACGGAAACACAGUGAUUUUGUGCAAUAUUGUGUAAAGUGACUCUCCUGUGCGUAGGUUGGCCACAGGGUGAGGACAAACUGGCUGAGAGCUAUGCUAGCUCCCUGGAUAGAGAACAUGAUCCAGAGCUAUGGCAGUGAAGACAGGACCACUGGAAGCCCCCUGAAGGCUCACAUCACUGGGAUAAGUGAGCUGUCCGACUCCCAGGCCCAAGAUUCUGAGGACCCCAGGAAGCUAAUCUUUCUGUCUGAUGGUGUGGUCCAAAUCCCUGCUGUUUUGACUAAAUCAGCUUGGGAGCAUCUUCAGGAGAAAGAGGACCGUGAGUGCUUCAACAGUCUGGUCAACACCACUGUGUGCAUUCAAGACUACAGUCUGCAGUUUCAUUUGGCUGUAGAACAAACCAGGUGCAGAUUUGUCUUAUCAGUUGGGUUGCUGGCCACAACAGCAGCCGGCCCAGUGAAGGAAAAAACCCCGUGCUGCACCAGCCUGCCAUCCGUCAGGCUCCAGAUCUGUAAGGUGUGGAGGUCCCUGCUGGGUCAGGGACAAGCUGAGUCUCAGCAGAGCCAGCUAGCAUUGGACCUGUCUGACCUGCUGGGUGAGUGGCAGCACGAUGUUCUGCAUUUUGUGCUAGAGGAUGUUCAGAACAGGUUGAAGGUGGACACCAAGCACGCAGUCGGCCCACAGCCCUCCACCUCAUCCUGUAAUCCAAGUGUGAUCUGCAGAGACGCACUCGUGGCCACAGCCUGGGACAUGGACAGAGUCCGAGAUAAGGGACAGGAAUCUUUCAGCAUUCCAAUAAAAUACCUUCUUAUCCCACAAGAAGCUACACAGCAGCAAAAAGUGUCAGAUCUUCUUACUGCUUCUGAUGACAAAAGGACAAACCUCCAUCGUGCUUGCAGACGAGCAGAGACUGUCGAGGCUUCUGUUGAGGUCAGAGGAAGACUUAGCAGGUCAGCAGGGCUCCAGCCAGAUCAUCAAGCCAGUGAGGACCUCAGCCUUCCAGAAGACAUGGUGCUUCAUGAGGACGUGCUUACAGAGGUGAGUGACAGUGACCUCACGUCUUUAUCUAACCCUUGGAACACAUUUCCUCGUCCCUGUGAGACAGCCGGCAGAGACGCUACUCCAGAAGUCGCAUUGGUUUUCCAGCAGCCCCUUCACAAACCUGCUGAAACCCGGACCAGCACCCAGCUUUACGCCCACAGCUCAAAGGAGACACCGACAUCAGUGCAGAGCAAAGGAGAGCUCAGCUACUUCCCUCCAUACCAGAAACCGCCACCCUCAGCUUACUCGCCUUCAGCUCCUGCCAGUUUGCGAGAACCAGUCACCCGACUUUGCAACACGGUGACAGCUGCAGACAUUUUGACCCACAUGUCCCAACAAAACUUGACUUCGGACCAACAGAGUAAGACCUUUCAGAUGCAGAAGGAGAAUACUGAGAGAAUACAUACGAGGUCAAAGGAGCAAAGGAUGGCACCCACACCAGAUGCUCCCAUAAUUACGGGUGGGGAGGGAGAGGAGACUAAAAUAAGUCAGAGCCCUCCAUCAUGGCUUUUUGAAACCCAGACACCAUCUGUGGCUGAACAGACCGGCAAUAACAAGCACACACAGAGUGCCGGCAAAGUCCAGAGAGGAGCUGCCAGUGUUCACAGUGACUGUAAGCCCUUUGCUUACUCUUACCACAUUUCCAGCCAGACCACGGCGGCUUUCAGCCGGUUCAGAGUGACAGACAACUUGCUGCACUGGGCUGUUAAGUACCUGGUUGGUUCCAAGCAGACAGACGAUGCCCACAGCUCAGCGGUACCAGUCGCCUCUGGUCAGGGGUCAGGUGGUGUCUGACGGGAC